ACAUUCACACGAGUGAUUCUCUCCCAGCUGACACGAGGAGUAUUUCAGAUUUCACACUUUUUCAAAGCCGGGACCAUGAUGAUCCCCAGCGUCCUCGCGCCUCCUGCUUUCUACCCGGGGCUGUACCGUCCAACCGCGGCUCUGCCGCUCCACCAGACCCUGCCGUCCGCCUUCCAGACCCACUCCAGCUUCCUAGUGGAGGACCUGCUGCGUAUAAGCCGACCCACCACCUUCUUUAACCGGACUGUUCCUUCAGCGAGUGCCUCCCUGCCCACUGCCACCACCACCGUGUCCUUCAGCUGCGCGCCCGCGGAACGCGCCUUGGCCACGACCGCGGUGACGCGUGAAUCUUGCUCACCGAAAACGUCGCUGCCGAACAGCAAGGACCCAACUUUUCUCAAGUUUGGAGUGAGCGCCAUCCUCGCACCUUCACCAAAGAGCGCCUCCUCACCCCCUACAAUCCACAGCCUGCACUCCAAGACCUUCCCCUUCCCCUGCUUUGACGGGACCUUUCACCCCAUAUUCAGGACGCCUUAUUUACCAGGGCCAAUCAACGAGUUGAGAUAA